CGGCGGCGGCGGCGGCGCAUGCGGAUCUGGCCGAGCGGCGGGGCCGGCGGGGCCGAGCAGAGCCGGGCCGGGUUGGGCCGGGCCGCGGACGCCCACAGGGAGGGCGGUCGGGCGCGGCGAGCAGCGGGGACAGCGGCGCCGGCGGCCGCGGGCCCAGACUCACCUUCCCGGAUGGCACAGGUAUCAGGGGAAAUGGACAACAUGGAAGGCUUGCCAGCCCCUAACAACAACCCUGCAACCCGCUGGGAGAGUCCUGAUCGGGGCUGGGAGCGGGAGCAGCCUGCUGUCUCCACUGCAGCCGCCUCAUUGUUCGAGUGCUCCCGGAUCAAGGCCUUGGCCGAUGAGCGGGAGGCUGUGCAGAAGAAAACCUUCACCAAGUGGGUGAACUCGCACCUCGCCCGCGUGGGCUGCCACAUCGGGGACCUCUAUGCAGACCUCCGGGACGGCUUCGUGCUCACGCGGCUCCUGGAAGUGCUGUCCGGGGAGCAGCUGCCAAGACCCACGCGCGGUCGCAUGAGGAUCCACUCGCUUGAAAACGUGGACAAGGCACUGCAGUUCCUGAAGGAGCAGCGUGUGCACCUGGAGAAUGUGGGCUCGCAUGACAUUGUGGACGGGAACCACCGGCUGACCCUGGGGCUGGUCUGGACCAUCAUCCUGCGCUUCCAGAUUCAAGUCAUCAAAAUUGAGACUGAGGACAACAGAGAGACGCGCUCGGCCAAGGACGCACUUCUCUUGUGGUGUCAGAUGAAGACAGCUGGUUACCCUGAGGUAAACAUCCAGAAUUUCACCACCAGCUGGAGGGACGGCUUGGCCUUCAAUGCCCUCAUUCACCGGCACAGGCCAGAUCUCGUGGACUUCAGCAAACUCACCAAGUCCAACGCCAACUACAACCUGCAGAGAGCCUUUCGCACAGCUGAGCAGCACCUGGGGCUGGCACGUCUGCUGGACCCCGAGGAUGUGAACAUGGAGACCCCAGAUGAGAAGUCCAUCAUUACCUAUGUGGUCUCUUUCUACCACUAUUUCUCCAAGAUGAAGGCCCUGGCUGUGGAGGGGAAGCGGAUCGGGAAGGUCCUGGACCAGGUGUUGGAGGUGGGGAAGAUCAUUGAGCGCUAUGAGGAGCUGGCGGCCGAGCUGCUGGCCUGGAUCCACCGCACCGUGGGCCUCAUCAGCAACCAGAAGUUUGCCAACUCACUGAGUGGGGUGCAGCAGCAGCUUCAGGCUUUCACAGCCUAUUGCACACUGGAGAAGCCUGUCAAGUUUCAGGAAAAGGGGAACCUGGAGGUGCUGCUCUUCAGCAUCCAGAGCAAGUUGCGUGCCUGCAACCGUCGCCUCUUUGUGCCUCGGGAGGGCUGUGGCAUCUGGGAUAUCGAUAAGGCAUGGGGCCAGCUGGAGAAGGCAGAGCACGAGCGGGAGGCUGCCCUACGGGCUGAGCUGAUCCGGCAGGAGAAGUUAGAACUACUGGCGCAGAGGUUUGACCACAAGGUGGCCAUGAGGGAGAGCUGGCUGAACGAGAACCAGCGUCUGGUCUCCCAGGACAACUUUGGGUAUGAGCUGCCGGCUGUGGAGGCAGCCAUGAAGAAGCAUGAAGCGAUUGAGGCAGACAUUGCAGCCUAUGAAGAGCGGGUGCAGGGUGUGGCAGAGCUGGCCCAGGCACUGGCCGCUGAAGGCUACUAUGAUGCCCGGCGGGUGGCGGCUCAGCGUGACAGCGUCCUGCGCCAGUGGGCCCUGCUGACCGGGCUGGUAGGUGCCCGGCGGAUACGGCUCGAGCAGAACCUGGCUCUGCAGAAGGUCUUCCAGGAGAUGGUGUACAUGGUGGACUGGAUGGAGGAGAUGCAGGCUCAGCUGCUGUCCCGGGAGUGCGGGCAGCACCUGGUGGAGGCAGAGGACCUGUUGCAGAAGCACGGACUGCUGGAGGGGGACAUUGCCGCCCAGAGUGAGCGGGUGGGGGCGCUCAAUGCUGCUGCUCUGCGUUUCUCUCACCUGCAGGGCUACCAACCCUGCGAUCCGCAGAUCAUCUGCAACCGCGUGAACCACGUGCACGGCUGUCUGGCGGAGCUGCAGGAGCAGGCGGCGCGGCGGCGCGCGGAGCUGGAGGCCUCGCGGAGCCUGUGGGCGCUGCUGCAGGAGCUGGAGGAGGCCGAGAGCUGGGCCCGUGAAAAGGAGCGCCUCCUAGAGGCAGCGGGCGGCAGCGGCGCUGCGGGCGCUGCGGGAGUAGCUGGCACAGCGGGCGGCGCGCACGACCUGUCCAGCACCGCGCGCCUCCUGGCGCAGUACAAGAUCCUGCAGGGCGAGCUGGGCGGGCGGCGGGCGCUGCUGCAGCAGGCCCUGCGGCGUGGCGAGGAGCUGGCUGCAGCCGGCGGCGCCGUGGGCCCGGGCGCCGACACGGCGCACCUGGCGGGCCUGGAGGAGCGGGCGGCGAGCGCACGGCGGCGCUGGCUGCGGCUGGAGGAGGCAGCCGCGCGGCGCGAGCGGCGGCUGCAAGAGGCGCGCGCGCUGCACCAGUUCGGCGCUGAUCUCGAUGGGCUCCUGGACUGGCUUCGCGAUGCUUACCGUCUAGCAGCCGCGGGCGACUUUGGCCACGACGAAGCAUCCAGCCGCCGCCUGGCCCGGCAGCAUCGUGCUCUCACCGGGGAGGUGGAGGCGCAUCGCGGGCCGGUGGGCGGCCUACGGCGUCAGCUGACCACAUUGGGGGGCGCCAGCAGCGUUGGGCCACUAGUGGUGGCACUGCAGGUGCGCGUGGUGGAGGCUGAGCAGUUGUUCGCUGAGGUGACCGAGGUGGCUGCGCUGAGGCGCCAAUGGCUUCGAGAUGCCCUCGCUGUCUACCGCAUGUUUGGCGAGGUGCACGCAUGCGAGCUGUGGAUCGGUGAGAAGGAGCAGUGGCUGCUGGCCAUGCGUGUGCCUGAUUCACUCGACGACGUCGAGGUGGUGCAGCACCGAUUUGAAAGUCUGGACCAGGAGAUGAACAGUCUGAUGGGCCGUGUCCUGGAUGUGAACCACACAGUCCAGGAGCUGGUGGAAGGAGGCCACCCCAGUUCAGAUGAGGUGCGCUCCUGCCAGGACCACCUCAACAGCAGGUGGAACCGCAUUGUGGAGCUGGUGGAACAGCGCAAAGAGGAAGUGAGCGCGGUGCUGCUGGUGGAGAACCACGUGCUGGAGGUGGCCGAGGUGCGCGCCCAGGUACGAGAGAAGCGGAGGGCUGUGGAGAGCGCACCCCGAGCCAGCGGCGCCCUGCAGUGGCGCCUUAGCGGCCUGGAGGCGGCUCUGCAAGCGCUGGAGCCGCGCCAGGCGGCUCUCCAGGAGGAGGCAGCCCUGCUGGCCACGCGCUUCCCGGGGCAGGCUGCGCGGCUGCACCAGGGUGCGGAGGAACUGGGCUCCGAGUGGGACGCGCUGGCUAGCGCGGCUCAGGCUUGUGGUGAGGCCGUGGCGGCGGCAGGGCGCCUGCAGCGCUUCCUGCACGACCUGGAUGCUUUCUUGGACUGGCUGGUGCGCGCCCAAGAGGCGGCGGGCGGCGGCGAGGGGCCCCUGCCAGGCAGCCUGGAAGAGGCGGACGCGCUGCUGGCGCGCCACGCAGCCCUCAAGGAGGAAGUGGACCAGCGCGAGGAGGAUUAUGCGCGCAUCGUGGCUACCAGCGAGGCACUGCUGGCGGCCGACGGCGCAGAGCUGGGCCCCGGCCUGGCACUCGAUGAGUGGCUGCCUCACCUCGAACUUGGCUGGCACAAGCUGCUCGGCUUGUGGGAGGCGCGCAGGGAGGCGCUGGUCCAGGCGCACGUCUACCAGCUCUUUCUACGCGACUUACGCCAGGCGCACGCGGUGCUGCGCAACCAGGAGAUGGCACUGUCCAGUCUGGAGCUCCCAGGCACAGUGGCAUCAGUGGAGGAAGCACUGAAACAGCACCGGGAUUUUCUCACCACGAUGGAGCUGAACCAGCAAAAGAUGCAGGUGGCCGUGCAGGCUGCCGAGGGCCUGCUGAGGCAGGGCAACACCUACGGGGAGCAGGCCCAGGAGGCCGUGUCCCAGCUGCUGGAGAAGAGCCAGGAAAACCAACUACGGGCCCAGCAGUGGAUGCAGAAACUACAUGACCAACUUGGGCUUCAGCACUUUCUCCGAGACUGCAACGAGCUUGAUGGCUGGAUCCAUGAGAAGAUGCUGAUGGCGCGGGAUGGCACACGGGAAGACAGCCACAAGCUGCAUAAGAGAUGGCUCCGGUACCAGGCAUUCAUGGCUGAGCUGGCUCAGAAUAAGGAGUGGCUGGAGAAGAUCGAGAGGGAGGGCCAGCAACUGAUGCAGGAGAAGCCGGAGCUGGCGGCCUCAGUGCGGAAGAAGUUGGGUGAGAUCCGGCAGUGCUGGGCAGAGCUGGAGAGCACCACCCAGGCCAAGGCACGGCAGCUCUUUGAGGCCAGCAAGGCCGACCAACUGGUGCAGAGCUUCACAGAACUGGACAAGAAGCUCCUUCACAUGGAAAGCCAGCUGCAAGACGUGGACCCUGGCGGGGACUUGGCCACUGUCAACAGCCAGCUCAAGAAGCUGCAGUCGAUGGAGUCGCAGGUGGAGGAGUGGUACCGCGAGGUGGGAGAGUUGCAGGCGCAGACGGCGGCGCUGCCGCUGGAGCCCGCGAGCAAGGAGCUGGUGGGCGAGCGGCAGAGCGCGGUGGGCGAGCGCCUGGUGCGCCUGCUCGAACCGUUGCAGGAGCGCCGCCGCCUGCUGCUCGCCUCUAAGGAGCUGCACCAGGUGGCACACGACCUCGACGACGAGCUGGCAUGGGUCCAGGAGCGACUGCCACUGGCCAUGCAGACGGAGCGAGGCAGUGGUUUGCAGGCUGUCCAGCAGUACAUCAAAAAGAACCAGGGACUGCGGCGGGAGAUCCAGGCGCACGGGCCGCGCCUGGAGGAGGUGCUGGAGCGCGCGGGCGCGCUGGCGUCGCUGCGCAGCCCAGAGGCGGAGGCGGUGCGCCACGGGCAGGAGCAGCUGCAGAGCGCCUGGGCCGGACUGCGGGAGGCGGCCGAGCGGCGGCAGCAGGUGCUAGACGCCGCCUUCCAGGUGGAGCAGUACUACUUCGACGUGGCCGAGGUGGAGGCGUGGCUGGGCGAGCAGGAGCUGCUCAUGAUGAGUGAGGACAAGGGCAAGGACGAACAGAGCACCCUGCAGCUGCUCAAGAAGCACCUGCAGCUGGAGCAGGGCGUGGAGAACUACGAGGAAAGCAUCGCGCAGCUGUCGCGCCAGUGCCGGGCGCUGCUGGAGAUGGGGCACCCGGACAGUGAGCAGAUCAGCCGGCGGCAGUCUCAGGUGGACCGCCUGUAUGUGGCACUCAAGGAGCUGGGCGAGGAGCGCAGGGUGGGCCUGGAGCAACAGUACUGGCUGUACCAGCUCAGCCGCCAGGUGGAUGAGCUCGAGCACUGGAUUGCGGAGAAGGAGGUGGUGGCUGGCUCACCUGAGCUUGGCCAGGACUUUGAGCACGUCACGGUGCUGCAGGAGAAAUUCUCAGAGUUCGCCAGUGAGACUGGCACAGCAGGGCGGGAGCGGCUGGCAGCCGUGAACCAGAUGGUGGAUGAGCUGAUCGAGUGCGGCCAUACCGCGGCGGCCACGAUGGCUGAGUGGAAGGAUGGGCUGAAUGAGGCCUGGGCCGAGCUGCUGGAGCUUAUGGGCACGCGGGCCCAGCUGCUGGCUGCCUCUCGGGAGCUGCAUAAGUUCUUCAGCGAUGCCCGAGAGCUUCAGGGACAGAUCGAGGAGAAGCGCAGGCGCCUGCCCCGCCUGACCGCCCCACCUGAGCCCAGACCCAGUGCCAGCUCCAUGCAACGGACCCUGCGCGCCUUUGAGCAUGACCUACAGCUGCUUGUGUCCCAGGUCCGGCAGCUGCAGGAAGGGGCAGCCCAGCUCCGGACGGUGUAUGCAGGUGAGCACGCAGAAGCCAUUGCCAGCCGGGAGCAGGAGGUGCUGCAGGGCUGGAAAGAGUUGCUGGCCGCCUGCGAGGAUGCCCGUCUGCAUGUCAGCUCCACAGCCGACGCCCUGCGCUUCCACAGCCAGGCCCGUGACCUGCUCUCCUGGAUGGAUGCCAUCGCCAGCCAGAUUGGGGCAGCUGACAAGCCCAGGGUUCGAUGUGAGUGUCCAGCAGAAGCCUGUCUCAUGGUGACUGGGAACCAAGGUCCUGGGAGUCGUUUGCUGGACCCUCUACAUCCAGCUGCAGAUGAGAAAAGGAGAGCGGGAGGGUCUUAUGGGAGGGAUGUGUCAUCAGUGGAGGUGCUCAUGAACUACCACCAGGGCCUGAAGACCGAGCUGGAAGCACGGGUGCCAGAGCUGACAGCCUGCCAGGAACUGGGGCGCUCUCUGCUGCUCAACAAGAGUGCCAUCACUGAUGAGAUCCAGGCACAGCUAGACAAACUGGGAACCAGGAAGGAGGAGGUGUCGGACAAGUGGGACCGCCAUUGGGAAUGGCUGCAGCAGAUGCUGGAAGUGCACCAGUUUGCCCAGGAGGCGGUGGUGGCUGAUGCCUGGCUAACAGCCCAAGAGCCGCUCCUGCAGAGCCGGGAGCUGGGCAGCAGCGUGGAUGAGGUGGAGCAGCUUAUCCGGCGACACGAGGCCUUCCGCAAAGCAGCUGCUGCCUGGGAAGAAAGGUUCAGCUCUCUGCGGCGCCUGACCACGAUCGAAAAACUCAAGGCGGAACAGAGCAAGCAGCCGCCUACCCCGCUCCUGGGACGCAAGUUCUUUGGGGACCCCGCGGACCUGGCGGCCAAAGCGGCGCCCCUGCUGCGGCCAGGGGGCUAUGAGAGGGGCGUGGAGCCGCUGGCCCGCCGGGCCUCGGACACGCUGUCGGCCGAGGUGCGGACCCGGGUGGGAUACGUGCGCCAGGAGCUCAAGCCCGAGCGCCUCCAGCCGCGCAUCGACCGGCUGCCGGAGGUGCCGGUAAGAGUGGAGCCCACGGCCCUGCCGGCCUCACCGGAGGACGCGGCGGAGACCCCCAGGGCUCCCGCGGCGGCAGAGCAGGUCCGGCCGCGGCCGGAGCCCCAAGAGUCAGCUGAUCGUGUGGAGGAGCUGCCAAGGAGGCGGCGGACCGAGCGGCAGGAAUCAGCCGAUCAAUCCGAAGAGGCUGCGCGGAGGCGGCGGCCGGAGCGGCAGGAGUCAGCGGAGCACGAGGCAGCACACAGCCUUACUCUGGGCCGCUACGAGCAGAUGGAGCGGCGGCGCGAGCGGCGCGAACGGCGUUUGGAGCGGCAGGAGUCCAGCGAACAAGAGAUGCCCACCAGAGGAGACCUAGCCAAGGGAUAAGACCCUUUAUCACAGUCUCUCUCAGUCUUACAAACUGGGGGCUGGUUGUCAUCUCCAUGUUAUGGAUGGGGCAACUGAGGCAAGUCACACAGCUUGGAUGGAUGAGCAGGACUGGAACCAAGGCCUUUCAGAAUCCAGAGUUAACCAGAGUGCUUUGUGUGAUGUAUCCAAUCAGCUGCAUCCCAGAAAAAUACCCUGGUUAAAUACCUUUGGUCAAAUACCUU